AUGACUGAUUCUUCAUCUGACAUUCCUUUUCCACCCAAGCGAACUGAAAAUUCAGAAGGAAGCCGAAAUUCUGAUACAGUCCACAGAGUGGUUACAGGAAGCCUUUCACCCACACUCGAGGCAAAGGAUGUGAACCCACCUGAAGUCCAAAGAAUGGUCGUUGAGCACAUUGUGAAAAGUGAGGGAGGUUCAUCCUCUAGUGUAUCGUUCAGGCUACGAGUGUUCUCAGGCAAAGUUCCUCGUCCUACUGGCGAAGUUGAUUAUGACACCUGGCGGAACAGUGUAGAGUUAAUUCUUCAAGACCCUUCUUUGUCUGACAUACAUCGAUCUAGGAGGAUCUUAGACAGCCUACUGCCGCCAGCAUCUGAAAUUGUCAAGCAGUUAGGUCCAAAAGCCUUGCCUGUUGCUUACCUCGAUAUCUUGGACUCCGCUUUCGAUACCGUAGAGGAUGGUGAUGACCUUUUCGCAAAGUCUCUGAAUACGCUGCAAAAUGCAGGUGAAAAGCCUUCCUUGUACUUGCAACGGUUGCACACUAACCUUCUCAAAGUGAUGAAAAGAGGCGGUAUUCCUGCUGAUGAAGCUGACCGACAACUUCUGAAACAAUUCUGUCGGGGUUGUUGGGACGACACACUAAUAGCAAACCUUCAGCUUGAGCAUAAAAGGAACAGACCACCCCCAUUCCCUGAGCUACUCUUACAGUUGCGCAGUGAGGAGAACAAACACUUUUCCAAAGAAAGCCGCAUGAGACAGCACCUAGGCGCACAGAGACAAAGAGCCAGUUCCCAUAUUGUCACUGCUAAUCCUCUUGAUCUAGGUCAAAACGAAAUGUCAGAAGGAUCUCAGGUUGAUGAAUUAAAAAGACAAGUCGCUAAGCUCCAGAGUCAGCUUGUCAAGCAAAAGAAUAAACAGACUGGAAGAAGUGUGUUGCCUUCGACUGACGCUGUUCUUGAGCUAAAGCAACAAGUCACAGAGCUCCAGAGUCAGAUGACAAAGCUCAGAGUCCAAAAGAACCCAGAGCCAAAGAACAAUCAAGGCAAAAUGAAGCAGACAAGCAUACAAUUUCCCAGAGAGAACCCUCCUACAGCUGACCACAAGCCACCUCACCGGCCCAGGCCAGGCUAUUGUUUUCAAUGUGGUGAGGAUGGGCAUGUUGCUUCAAUCUGUGAAAAUGAUCCAAACCCGUCCCUAGUGACCGAUAAGAGGAAGAUAUUGAAAGAGCGCCAAGCCCUAUGGGAUAGUCAAUAUUGUUCAAGAGCCUCAGGAGCUUUAAACACCGCCCAGUCCUUGUAG